AUGAGCCGACAAUUUAGUUCCCGAUCUGGCUGUUGGAGUGGUGGCGGCGGCGGUGGUGGUGGUGGCUUCAGCUCAGGCUCUGCUGGGUUCACCUGCACUCGAAGAAUGACUAGUAGCUCCUCCAUCCGCAGGAGCGGAGGAGGUGGGGGGAGAUUUUCAGGUGGAAGUUGUAGAGCUGGUGGUGGUGGAUAUGGCAGUCAAAGUUUAUAUAAUUUGGGUGGGAGUAAGAGAAUCUCUCAGAGUGUUGUUAGUGGAGGAUCUGGUGGUGGUGGCUAUGGAGGUGGUGGUUUUGGUGGUGGCGGCUAUGGAGGUGGUGGUUUUGGGGGUGGUGGCUAUGGUGGUGGUGGUAUGGGAGGUUUUGGGGGUGGUGGCUAUGGUGGUGGUGGUAUGGGAGGUUUUAGGGGUAGUGGAGGAAACAUGGGGUCUGCCUGUCCCCCUGGAGGAAUCCAAGAGGUGACCAUCAACCAGAGUCUUCUACAGCCACUCAAGGUGGAAAUUGAUCCUGAAAUUCAACAAGUGAAGUCUAGAGAGAAGGAACAAAUUAAAUCCCUCAACAACCAAUUUGCUAGCUUCAUUGACAAAGUGCGAUUCCUAGAGCAGCAGAACCAGGUUUUGAACACCAAAUGGAAUAUGCUGCAGCAGGUGGACACUUCAACUCGGACCCACAACCUGGAGCCCAUUUUUGAAAAAUAUAUCAAUAUGCUUAAACAUUUAUUAGACUCACUCAAGAAUGAGCGUUCACAAAUGGAGUCAGAAUUGAAAAACAUGCAAGACUCAGUGGAAGACUACCGGGGAAAGUAUGAAGACGAAAUCAACAAACGUACAAAUGCAGAAAAUGAGUUUGUGACCAUCAAGAAAGAUGUGGACAGUGCUUACAUGACGAAGGCUGACCUUCAGAGCAAGGUGGACGCUAUGCAGAAUGACUACGACUUCUAUAAAGUACUUUUUGAUGCAGAACUAUCCCAGAUGCAGUCCCACAUUAGCAACACCAAUGUCACCCUCUCCAUGGACAACAACAGGAACCUGGACCUGAAUAGCAUUAUUGAGGAGGUCAAGCAACAGUAUGAAAAUAUUAUCCAGAAGAGCAAAAAUGAUGCUGAGACCAUGUUACAGAGCAAAUAUGAGGAGCUCCAGACCACUGCUGGGAAACAUGGAGAUCAGCUGAAGAACACAAAAGCUGAGAUUUCUGAGAUGAACCGAAUGAUCCAGAGAUACACAUCUGAAAUUGAUUCAGUGAAGAAGCAGAUUGCCCGAUUACAGCAAGCCAUUUCUGAAGCAGAGCAGCGUGGGGAGAAUGCUCUGAAAGAUGCUCAGGGCAAGCUAGCAGACUUGGAAGAUGCCCUGCAGAAGGCCAAGGAGGACUUGACCCGGCUGAUGAGAGACUACCAGGAACUGUACAAUGUCAAGCUGACUCUGGAUGCAGAGAUUGCCACUUAUGAGAUGAUGUUGAAAGGAGAGGAGAAAAGGAUAUCUGGAGAGUGUGUUCCCAACGUGAGUGUGUCUGUGAGCACCAGCCAUGUCAGUGUGUCUGGAGGUGGAGGUGGAGGCAGGUUUGGAGGAGGUGGUAGCUAUGGCUCUGGAGGAGGAGGAGGCCGAGGUGGUGGCUAUGGUUCCAGUUCUGGAGGAGGCAGCUAUGGUUCCAGUUCCGGAGGAGGCAGCUAUGGUUCCAGUGGUGGAGGAGGCAGCUAUGGCUCUGGAGGAGGCCGGGGAUCUGGUGGAGGCCAAAGCUCAGGAGGAGGCAGCUAUGGCUCUGGAGGAGGCCAGGGUUCCAGCUCUGGAGGAGGAGGAGGAGGUGGCAGCUUUGGGGGUGGCUCCAGCAGCAGCUCUGGGGGUGUCAAGAGCUCUGGGGGCAGCUCUAGUGUGAAGUUUAUCUCCACUAGUUAUUCCAGAGGUAGCAAAUAA